AUGGCGGCUGCUGAUCUGAGAGCUGAGCUGAGCUGCUCCGUCUGCCGGGACAUUUAUACCGACCCUGUAACCCUGCCCUGUGGGCACAACUUCUGCCUCAUCUGUAUUGGGAAAACCUGGGACUGGCAGGAGGGGAUAGAGGAAGAUCCUUCCUGCCCUCAGUGUAAAAGGAGCUAUAAGACAUGUCCUGAACUUCCCAAGAACCUGAGGCUGCGGAACAUUGCAGAGCAAUUCCUUUCUGAGAACAAAAAAUGCUCUGUGCAUAAUAUGAUCCUGGAGUAUCUCUGCUGUGAGGAUGGGGCCCCUAUCUGUGUGUCCUGCUGCCUGGCCGGGGGGCACCGGGGCCACAGGGUGGAGCUGCUGAGUGAGGCCUCUGAGAAGAAAUGA